UGUCAGUGUCAUUGUUUUGUUUUUUGGUAAAGCGAUAUUAGUAAAAGAGAAACGCCAAAUACGUUUCAGGAAACAAUUGAUGAGUACGCGUUGAAAUACAUUUAGUCGUCUUAGCCCGAAUUAUUGCGAAAAAAGAAUAGUGGAUAAUCAUUCCAUUAACGUGGACAAUUCAAUUCAAAAUGGAUAUAACAAAGAAAUUAUAGCAUAUAAGCAAAGCCAAUGUAUAAAGUCAUGGUAAACUGAAAUCUUUCAUUCGGUAUUAAAUAUGCCGUGCAUUUGCAGUUUAUAUAUUACAUAUUUUUUGUGCAACGCAAAAUCCAUUGACCUUUAUUCUACACCUAAAAAACGUGAUAAUCUUUUCUUUUUUGUUCGAUCGUGAAGAAAAGCAUUGAAAGAAAUGAAUAAUAUCCGAAUGAUUUGCCAGUCAUCAUAAAUAAUUCACACAGUCUAUUAAAGAAAAACAACAACGGGAGGAAGUUUAACGGAGAACGCAGCCCUACACCACACCAAAGAGUACUUUUUUAGAAAAGUCAUUUUAAUUAUUAAAUAUAAAGAAAGUUGUAUCCAAGUUAAGCUCUGGCCCUUAUAAACAAACAUAGAAGAAUGCAGCGUUUGUCCUUUGCCGCUGAAGCCACAGAGGAGGCAUGUGAUGCUAUGGUGGCUCCAUCACUUGGCGGUGCCCGUCAUUAUCUGUCAAAUACUGAGCGCACUUGGAAAUUCAGGGUUCUGAUGAAUCAUGAUAUGAUAGCCAAUGAAAGAUUGGCUUUGGUUGGCAAUUGUGAGUCUUUGGGCAAUUGGCAACUAAACGAUUCUGUUCUCAUGUCUAAGGACGAGGACGAGGACUCGAACGUAUGGAGUGUUUUGGUACAGAUACCGCGCGAACGCAACACCGAAUAUCGUUAUUUGGUGUGUGCUGUAGAUCCGGAUGUUGGGAAACCCAUAGUGCGUCGCUGGGAAACACAUCUCCAGCCUCGCCAGAUAUUGGAGUUGGCCAAUGAGCCUCCACGGCAAUGCUAUGAUAUUUUUGGCUAUUUGAACGGGUCAGAAAAAAUAGAUCGCGGUUGGCUGUCAUCUGAAAGAAUUAUACAACUAAAAUUCUUUAAUGCUCCAUUUAUAUGGAAACAACGCAUGAAACGCCGCUUGCUGUAUGUAAAAGUGACACCAAUGAAUUUACGUAUACCUUCAAAUGGACUUGAUAAUAAUAUGAUCGCUUGUUCUCUAUCACCAUUAGAAGAUUCUCUGUCUAAUGAUACUCAUGAUACAAAAGAGAAUGGUGGUGAUGGUGGCACAGCGUUUGCGUUUUCGGAGGUGGUUGUUCUUAAUGCCGAAGAUAGUGUAAUACGACCUCAAUCUCAAUUUGGUACAGCUUGCGGAUUCAACGAUUUGGUUAUCUUUCAUUUGACUGUGGGCGACUUUGAAAGUACCGCAUAUUUAAUCGAUUUAUAUACCUAUAGCUCAAAAGCUAAUACUGAGGACCCCCCGCACCAUUUGGGCUAUCAUUACGUCUUGCCAAAUCUUUUUAAGUCAUCUGAAGGUCAUUUGGAAGUUGCCAUCACUUGUGCUUCGAGACAUCGACCAUUAGGUAUGAUGCAAUUCGGAUAUUUAAUUGUAAAACCAGUGCCUUCGUUAAGUAUGGAUAUGAGCGUCUCUUAUCAACGUUAUUGGAAUGAUAAGUGGCAGGGUUUAGAUGUAGGCCAUCGCGGCUCGGGUACUAGCUUUAAAGCUAAUGCUUCCUCCAUACGUGAAAAUACCAUUACCUCGCUCAAGAACGCUGCUGACCACGGCGCAGAUAUGGUCGAAUUUGAUGUUCAAUUAAGCAAAGAUUUAGUGCCGGUCAUCUACCAUGAUUUUAUGAUAUAUGUUUCGUUGAAAUCGAAGAAUUCCCUACAAGAACAUGAUUUCUUGGCCUUACCUAUGCGAGAAUUGACAUUGGAACAGUUAAAAAAUUUAAAGGUAUAUCAUACUGCAGAAGGGCAAUCGCGGGAAAUGCGAUCUUUUAGCAAUGAUGAUUUACAGGAGCAUCAACCGUUUCCACAAUUAGCUGAUGUCUUAGAUGCUAUAGAUCUCCAUGUUGGUUUCAACAUUGAGAUAAAGUGGUCACAACGACUGCAAGACGGCACCAUGGAGGAGGAAUUUGAGCAUGUGGUCGAUCGUAAUCUCUAUGUCGACUGUAUUUUGGAUGUAGUGUUUCGUAGGGCGGGCAAGAGACAUAUUGUAUUUUCCUGUUUCGAUCCUGAUAUAUGCACUAUGCUACGUUACAAGCAAAAUCGUUACCCAGUUAUGUUUUUAACUAUUGGAGUAACAGAGAAAUAUAAAAAAUAUUUAGAUCCGCGCGGCAAUCGUAUAGAGACCGCAGUUUUUAAUUCGUUGGCAAUGGAAUUGCUUGGCAUAGUUGCUCACACGGAAGACCUAUUAAGGGAUCCUACUCAAGUUAAUUUAGUUAAGAACCGCGGUUUGGUAGUAUUCUGUUGGGGCGAUGAUAAUAAUUCCAAAGAUACCAUAAAGAUGUUGAAGGAACUUGGUUUGCAUGCAAUAAUCUAUGAUAAAAUGGAUGUUUUAACAAGCAAAGAAAUUAAGCAAAGCGUUUUCUUGCUGCAAGCAAAGGAUAGUCAAAAAGAAUUGCUGAAACUGCAGGCUUUGGAAAUGGGGAAAAUGUGGCAUCCGUCGACUCAAUCUUCUCUUAAUAAAGCUUAAAGAGCGUUUAUUUUGCUGUCUUUUCAAUUUUUACUUCCAUUUUUUUUGUUUUUCUUAUCUACAUUUUCAUAUAAUCGCAAACACAAAAAUUAUUUUAUUUCUAUCAUUAACUUGAAAUUAUUAUUAAAUCACUUUUAUAAUCGUUUGCACUCAUUGUUAUCUUAUAAUUAAUUUGCCUUAUACUUCUCUCUGGGGUUUAUUUUUUUAUUUC